AUGUUCUGGGAUAUAUUUUUCAUUUUUCAAUGCGCUCUUUGUAUUUUCGGAAUUUCUUCUCAUUGGUUUUAUCUUCUAACAUCUGUAAUCAACGGACAUUUAGCACCAUUUGCAAGGUGAGGAUACUUCUGCGGGAAAAAUAAUUAACAAAGUUUCAUUUUAGAAUCCACCUAUUUGUUCAAUCUCUCAGUUAUCAAUGUAUUCUCAUAGCGUUUAUUGCAACUAGAAUUAUUUGUUUAAUUUCAACUGGAUCAUACUUUGAAACUUUUGAAUGUUUUGAUGCUCGUCUUCUUGCUUUAAGUCUUCAUCAUUUUGGAGAAAUUACAGUUACAGUCUUUCAUUUUUUCAUAUCAAUUGAUAGAUUAUACAGGGUGGUCCAAAAUUACCCGCACAAAUGUAAUUUUAAAUAUUUUCCACAGAGUGAACAUAGAUAUGAUGUCUGGUCUCGAAAAUUAUUCCCAGAUAUUGUGUUCAUCAUUUUAACAUAGAAUAUUGUGAUAUAAUUCGGUCCUAGGGUAGUUGGAAUAUCGGGAAUGAAUUUCAGAACUUCGCAUCAGGCACGCUGCUUUUUCUGAAUUAAUCGAGCUUUCUAUACCCAUAGGGAGUUUCAAAUUAUAUGUUACCGGUUCAGAAUUUCAAGAUAACCCCUAGGCAUGCUUGAUCCUUGACGGAAAUGAUACACACAAUUUUUAACAAGAAUAAGGAACUGUAAAGUGAAUCCCUCAAAACGAAUUUUUCGACUCAAAAACUCAAUUUUUAUCAUUUAUCAUCCAAAUUAUAAAAUAACUUGGAAAAUGUUUCUCAUUUUUUCUAUCAUGAUUUUAUUCUCAAUGUUAGUCGCUGCCUAUUAUGUGUAUUUCGGUAGAAGUGAGUGAGAUAUAAUCUAGACCUUUUCAAAUGAUUUUAUUCCAGUAACAUCCUCGGGGAAUUCAAUAUACGUGUUGGCGUUGUUCAAUAUAGCUAAUUUUUAUCUCAAAAACUAUACAAAAUUACACGUGGAGAAAUUUCGUUGAUUGAAAGAUAUGAGAUUUUCAGCUCAUUAGAGAUGAUCAAGAAGUUUCUGCCUUCCUCGAUUUCAUGCAUUUUGUUCAAAAUCAUCAUAAUUGUAACACUGAAAUGUGCACAGUUUAUAACAACGGUUGAUUCACUUUUAAAAUUUUACUUCGCUUUCAAUGUUGUAAGUUUUUUCCUUCUAGAAGUUAUGGCUACAAAUAUUUUUUCUAGCUUUGGAACCUUGACGCAGCAUUGUUUCCGUGGUUUUUUAUUGUUCAUCACCCAAAAAUUCACAAACUACUUUUCAAAAAAAAAUCGCAAAAUGUUAUCAAUGUUCAAAGUCAGCAAAAAUAUUUUGAAAAUUUAAAAAAAGCUUGGGAAAAUUAAAAGUUAAGUCAAACGUGAAUCAGAUAACCUAGAAAGACACGUGGAAAUAAAGUGAAUAAAAAAGACUUGUCAAAUCGCAAAGCCUCCAUUAUUUAUCCAAUAUCUAUUUUCUAUGAUAUUUUUGUAAACAGUUGUUUGCUAAGCGAAAACAAUUGCAAUGAUUACAAAGGAACAAUUUACCAGAAAGAACAACUCGUCGUACGGUAAAGUGGAUGAGGAGAAAGAUCAGAAGAAGGUUCCGACAGCAGCAGCGCCGCAAUUGGGAGGAUCCGCCGAGAAAGUAUUGUCGCCGCAAGCAUCGGCUGAUUCGACACCGGGACAACAACAAAAUUCACCACUGGCGCCGCAAUUGCCAAAUGUGUUUUUGCAAAAACAAGAAUCGGCUUGUUUGUUGGUCCCACUGAAGAGCAAGGAUAGAGAAAGAUCUGUGAGUUCAGGGGUUUUGUGAAAGCCUUUCAAAAUAUUUUUAAAAUUCAGAAAAAUCGUUCGCGAAAUCGAAGACGAGGAAGAGGAAAUGAUGAUCGAAGUGAUGCUGGAGAAAGAAGUAUGGAUAGAACUGAAGAAGAUCAAAGAUCAUGUGAAGAGACCAGAAAUGAGGUACCCCGUCACCUUUCCCUUUCCCUAUCAGCAUUUUUUCUUACAGCAACCUGAAGAUUUCGUGGAGCUUGAGAAGAAGUUGCGAGAACUCGAAUUCUAUCAUGGUUUUUUGCCGCGCGAAGAUCUUUCCACAAUUCUCAGCAAUCGUGGAGACUAUCUUUUGCGUGUUUCGGAAGUUCAUGAGGAGAAAAGAGUUCGAAGGGAGAUUAUUCUAUCCCUGAUCCCUGUUGGAAAUGAAAAAUCGGCUGAAACAACGAAAGCACCACCACCGAAAAAUGUGAUUAUUAAAAGAAGUGGGAAAGUGUUCUAUAUUGAACCAGCGAAAACUUUUGAAGAUGUUAAAGAACUUCUCAAUCAUUAUAAGAAGAAUACGGGAACUUGUAAUAAUUUGGUAUUCCAGUUGAAAAAUCCGAUGCUUCUUCAACCUUGGGAAUUUAUGCAUUGUGAUGUUUUAAUUGGAAAAGUUCUUGGAGAAGGUGCAUUUGGAAAAGUGACAUCAGGAGUGUUGAAGACGAAAAAUGGGGAGAUGGUUGAGGUGGCUGUGAAAAUGACAAAAGGCACGGCGUUUUUGAGUAAGGCGAAGAUUCGUGAAAUGAUGAAUGAGGCGAGAUUUAUUCGCAAUUUCAAUCAUAAAAAUGUUGUGAGAUUGUAUGGUGUGGCACACGAUGAACAACCUCUCUAUAUUCUUCUGGAACUUGUGAAGGGUGGAAGUUUGAAAUCGUAUUUGGCGAAAAAUAAGACUACAUUGUCGGAGAAAAUGAAACAUUGUUUGGGAUCGGCGAGAGGAAUUGAGUAUUUACACCAGAAUAAAUGCAUACAUCGAGAUAUUGCGGCCAGAAAUUGUUUGCUCUCUGAUGGAAUCAUCAAGAUUACCGAUUUUGGAUUGUCCAGAACUGGGCCCAGUUAUAAAUUGAGGGUUAGUUAUUUUUUUCAACAAAUCAUUUUCAUUUUUAUUGUUAAAACACAAAAUUUUCAGACAUCUUGCAAACUUCCGAUUCGCUGGUUGCCACCCGAAGUUCUCACAACUCUUACUUUCUCCUAUGGUUCCGAUGUUUAUAGUCAUGCUGUGAUGAUUUAUGAGAUCUUCAGCGAUGGUGGUGAACCUUUUGAAAAUCAGAGUAAUGCAAUCGUCAAGUCUGAUAUCCUGGCUGGAAAAUUUUUGCAAAUGCCCGCUGCUUGUCCGGAACCUUUGAAAGUUUUGAUUUCCACCAAAGUUUUUGUGGAGAAUCCGAAAAGAGCUUCGAUGACUGAAAUUGCGAAUGAAAUUGAGAAAUUGGCGACGCAAAUCGAGGAAGGACAUGGAAAGUUGAAUUUGAAGAAGAAUUUUAGAAGCUUGAAAAAGAAGGUAUUUUGA